AUGCUGAACCGAUAUGCCCUGCUGGUCGGCAUUGACCUCUAUCUCAACGAUGGCUCGAGAAGUAAGCCCAACGGUCAGAAGCUGGUUCUCAACAACCUUGGUGGCUGUGUAAACGACACCAAAGCAGUAAGAGAGUUUCUACUCGGCAAAGAUGAAUUCAACGACAUUUCCGUCCUCACGUCCUCAUCGCCGGAUUCCAACGACGGGGACCUUGCAAAGGCUGUCGAGCCUGAGGAGCGUUGGCCAACGUUUUCUAAUAUAAAGCGAGAGUUUGAUCUUAUGCACGACCGCGCAAAUGCAGGCGACUUCUUCUUCUUCCAUUAUUCGGGGCAUGGCGCGCAGCUCCAACGGGUCAAGGAGUCGCCCAAAGGGCGUUUAAAAGAUUCCUCACUACUCACCAUGGACUUUUGCUGCGGGGGUCCAGCGGUGCGCGGAUGGCAACUUAACCAAUGGCUGGAGAGAUUAAAUGCCAAGGGAGUUCAAGUGGUCGUCUCCCUGGAUAGUUGUCACUCUGGUGGCUCUUGGCGAGAGAGCGACGUAUCGUAUCGCACGCCCAACGAUUGGCCUGAGCUUUCUAACCUGCCAAUCGAUGAGCAUGUUACUGCUAGAGAAGGAAGCGCUGAGCCGGUCUAUCGCCAUGCUGAGCUAGAGACAUCUUGGUCUAUCAACCCAGAGGCCUUUACGCUGAUGGCAGCCUGUGGGGAUAACGAAAGGGCGGCGGAAAAGGUCCUCAAUGGGAAACGGAGAGGUGCAUUUACCCACGAACUCUUGGACUAUCUGGGAGAGAGCAGUUCGCCUGUGACCUAUCGCAUGAUAAGGGACGAACUAGCUGGAAGACUCAAGGGUCAGUCUCCAGAAGUCCACGGCCGCGAUAGGAUGCUUUUCUUUGGUAGUUCGGAGCUUUCCUCGUCUACGCCUCUCGCUGUGCGAAUUGAAGGUGACAAGGUGUCCAUCCCAGCUGGUAGGGCGCACGGAGUUCAGCCAGGAUCUGAAUUUGUGCUAUUCCCACAAAGUUUCAACACGAUCUUGACAGUAGACGAGGUAGACGACUUUGUCUGCAAAGCGCCUAUUUCAAACAGUGCAGCGCUGCUGCUAAAACAACACCAUAUGGCUGUGCCCUCACGGUGGCACUUGGGAGAGGAAACGCUUCGAGUGCUUGUGGAUCCAGUCCUUGGGUUAGAAUUUCAGCAGUCCCUUUCCGCAUCGCUCCAGUGCAGAAUCGGUAGUCUCCUUGACGUCGGCCAGUACGUUCAAGGUGAGGAGAACGCCGGCGCUCUGAGGAUAGAGAUGCAAGGAGAAGAGAUUAAAAUUCAUGGACCUAAGCUAUUGAUUGGGUAUGACGGUCCUGUGCGGCCGCUGAGGCUCAGAGGUAAUGACAUCGGGAUACUUGCGGCAGAGACCGCGGCUCCUCUGGCACAUCUCGCCCGAUUUCAACAGGUUUUGAAUCUAAAAAGCCAAGGUUCUUCGGAGCCGGCGCCGUUUGUGGUGGACAUCAAACCGGCCAACGGCGAGCGUGCAGCUCCCUACCCACUCGACCAAAAGUUCAAGUUUGUGUUUGAGAAUACAGGGGAUGAAUCUCUACAUUUUACAGUCAUGGUUCUGGGGCCUGAAUUCCAUAUAGAGCAGCUAUAUCCUUCAAAAGACACGCCGAGUGUCGUGGGUAGAAGCAAACGAGCAUUCAACUUUUCCAUGAGCCUUCCCACCGGCCCCCAGUGGGCCCAAGAACUACUUCAUCGCAACCAUCGCCGGGAUAUCAUCCGCACAAUAGUUACAAGAGGCAGGCCAGUGUCUUGGAAAAGUCUCGAGUUGCCAAAUGUAUGGGAUGCAAGUCAGAUGGGGUUGCGAGAGCACCUUUUCUCUCAAAGGGAUGCUGUGCUUGAGCUCGACAGUGAUGGCGAUUGGUGGGUAUACGACAAAGAGAUACUUACAUCCCAGGCAGUGACAGAAGCUAGAUCUGUGCCAUCUCUUGAUACGACAAAUAUCCAAGACGCCAGAGUUAUCGCCAAAAAAGACGUCGAGCAAAGUGAAAUCAAGUUUGAGAGAUUGAGAGGAAAGGAACGGAAGUUCAAGAGAGCCAUGGCAGUGUUAUCUAGAAAGAUGCAAUUACUUGAAUCCAAGGACCUCACUCAAAAGGCACAGGGUGCUAUUGACGAAACUCCACCAGGCCACCAAGACAGGGCUAGACGCCUAAAUAGUCUUGCAAAUCAGCUGGGCGAUCGAUACGCUCGCACCGGAGCGAUGGUAGAUCUCGAGGAAGCGAUUCGCCUAUCACAGGAAGCUGUCAAUAUAACUCCGUCAAACCACCCUGAUCGCGCUAGAUGGUUAAAUACUCUUGGAGCUCGACUAGGCGAUCGAUACUCUCGUACCGGACUGGUGGCAGAUCUCGAGGAAGCAAUUCGCAUUUUACAAGAGGCUGUUAGUGAGACUCUGAUAGAUAGCCCAGACAGGCCUACACAUCUAAACAAUCUUGGAGAUCGACUGAAUGAUCGAUACUCUCGCACCGGAGCGAUGGCAGACCUUGGAGAAGCAAUUCGCCUAUCACAAGAAGCUGUUGAUAUGACUGCGUCAAACCACCCAGACCGCGCUAGAUGGUUAAAUAGUCUUGGAACUCGACUGGGAGAGAGAUACUCUCGUACUAAAGCAAUAAACGACCUGGAGGAUGCGAUUUGCCAAGUUCAAGAGGCUAUCAAUGCAAAUCAGCCAGGCCAAAUAGACAAGACGAAUUUAUUCAGCAGCUGUGGAAUUCGAUUCGACACUUUUGACUCUCUUACUGUAGCAGACCGGCAGCGAGCGUCUUACAUAAUACGCCAGGCCUUUAGUCCAACCGUGUUACAGCAUCCAGACCAAGCUGUAUGGCGAAUUAAUCUCGGAAAUCUACUGGGGGAUAGAUAUUCUCAUGACGGAGAUACAGCAGAUCUUGAGAGGGCAAUGUGUGCAAUAGGGGACACUAUUGCCACUACACCAUAUCACCUAAGCCGGGCCAAAUGGCAUAAUAACCUUGCAUCUCAAAACAUCAGAAGAUAUUCUUCUACGAAAUCAAGAGCAGAUCUUGAAUCGGCAAUUUUUCACAUACGAAGCGCCAUCGAUGGAACUCCUUUAGAUCAUCCAGACCGGGCUACGUGGCUGGUUAACCUUGGAGUUCAACUGAUUGAUAGAUACUCUUAUACUGGGGCUAUAUCAGAUGUUGAGGAAUCCAAGAAAUGCCUAGUUCAGGCUCUAGAUUCUUCGAUAUCUAGUUUUAGCAUACGAGUUAGUGCUGGCCAUUGUUAUUUAUUAACCCCAUACAUCUUGGAUGAUCCGCAAGCAUAUACCAUCGCCGAAACCACGAAUAAUUUAAUACCUCUAUUGACGCCCCAGUCUCUUAAAAACUCUGAUAAACAGCAUCUACUUUCCGAGGCCGUGGGAAUCUCAUCAGAUGCGGCAGCCAUUGCGUUACAUAUCAAUAAAGGGCCCCUCGCUGCUAUCGAAUGUCUUGAGACAGGUCGUGGUAUUAUCGCAGGGGCUCUCUUCAAGGACCACGAAAUAACCAUUUUACAAAGGCACCACCCCGAUAUAGCGAAAACUUUCAUUGAUUCGCGCGCUCUGUUGGAUAGACCAAUUACCCAGCACUUGGAUAAUGAUGCCGAAAACUCCGCCCGGAUCGCAGAAACUGAAGGUGGUCAUCGACGCGACGCGGAGCAACGGCUGCUUCGCGAUCUAGAGACAAUCCGUUCUAUGAGUGGGUUUGAGCGAUUCCUUCUACCGGCAUCGGAGGCCGAAAUGCUCGACGCCGCAAGCCAUGGUCCAAUCGUUAUCUUGAAUGUGAGCCAACAUCGGUGCGAUGCAUUGAUCGUCGAGCAAUCCGGUAUUCGACUCCUAAAGUUGCCGAAUCUCUCCCAAGAGGUUAUUGAUUACCACGCGUAUGAUUUAGACUCCAUCGAAACACUUAUCUGGCUCUGGGAUGACAUUGUGUGCCCUGUUCUUGAUGACCUUGGCUUUACCACCUGUCCAUCUGGCAGUCAGCUACCCCGAGUGUGGUGGAUUCCAACUGGCAAACUAACGAAAUUUCCACUUCAUGCGGCGGGCCAUCACUUCAAAGGCACUAAAGAGACAGCUCUCGACAGAGUCAUCUCCUCUUACGCCUCAUCUAUUAAGGCCAUUAUACAUAGUCGUCGACAGCAAUACCAAGGGCUGGGAGAAACAGAGUCGCUAACUCUUACAACUGUUGCCAUGAACGAAACAAAAGCACAAACGCCGCUCCUACAUGCAAGCCGCGAAGUCGAUGCCGUUUUAGCCGUUUUAGAAUCGCCAACACUACAACACACCCAACCUCUUCCAUAUAGAAACGAUGUUCUAACGGCCUUAAAGACAUGUAACAUAUUCCAUUUUGCAGGUCAUGGUUACACACACGUUUUACAGCCUCUUCAGAGCACACUGCUCCUUGAAGACUGGGAGCAGAGCCCGCUUACAGUUGAAAAUCUGUUGGAAACCGACCUCAGCUCACCACCUCCAUUCCUCGCGUACCUAUCCGCAUGUGGGACCGGUCAGAUACAACAUGAAAAGUCUGUAGAUGAAAGUAUCCACAUAGCGAAUGCCUGCCAGCUCGCUGGGUUCCGCCAUGUGAUCGGGACGCUUUGGAGUGUUGAUGAUGAGCUGUGUGUCAGUGUGGCUAGGAUGACGUAUGAGUUCCUUCGCGAUAAUAGCAUGCGAGAUGAAUAUGUAAGCCAAGGACUUCACCACGCGACCAAGAUACUACGAGAUCAAUGGGUUGAUAGCAAUGAUGACAACGCUGCCAAUAUGGAGGUCGGAAAUAAGAGGAAUGGCAUAAUACUGAGGUUCAGAGAAGCAAGGCAUGCUCAACUGGAUGAUGCUCCAGUGAUAACACGGCCAUUCUGGGUCCCUUAUGUCCACUUUGGUGUUUGA